GCUCUGCCCGGCUCCACCAGUCCAGCCCAGGACAACCCGUACCGCGGACAGCUGACAGGCAGCGGACAGCAGGCUGGCGUCCAGACGGCUGACGGCAACUGCUCCGACGUCCACCCGAGGCCCCCAAGAGGCCCCACAGACUGUCCCGGACGGCCCCGACCCCUGAAUCUCUGAGCACUCCAUUUGCCCCUCCACCCCCACCCCCACCCCACCCAACUACAUUCACCCUGGGACUGACAGACCCAGAAGGACAGACGGGCCUCCUGCAAACAAACAGGCGGACUGACAGAGUGCCCUUCCAAGGCCCACAGCUCCCUUUUCAGCCCUAGCCCCGGACCGCAGAACCCGGCAGAAGUCCCGCGCAGCCCCGGCCUGCCAUGGGCUGGCUCCUACCCGUCACCCUCGGUUGCAUCAGCCUCCUGAGCCUCCUGCUCCCGGGCACGUUGUCCCGGCGCUUGGGACCUCACCCGCUGCUGUCCCGGCCCAGGGAGCCCCCAGACCGGCUAUUCCCCCAAGACCUUGAAUCUCAGGCUGUGAUGAACGUGGGGCCGGUGACUCUCGUGGGCCAGCCAGGGCCCAACGUGGAGCCCCUCGUGGGGCACUGCCCUCGACACCCACACCAUCAUCGCCAUCGCCGCGUGAAGCUGCAGGGCCGCAGGGGCAGGGGCAGGGGCCGUGGUGGCAGGGGCCGCAGGCACGCCCGGCGCCACCACGCCCAGCUCAUGAGAAUGGGCUGUGUCCUAAGCACCUGCCAGGUGCAAAAUCUCAGCCAUCGCCUAAGGCAGCUCAUGGGACAGUCAGGGAGGCAGGACUCAGCCCCCAUGAACCCCAAGAGUCCCCACAGUUAUGGCUGAGCAGCCACCCCUGCCCCUACAGCCCCACCAAGACUCCAGAGCUCACCACAGGCCCCCCCCCAUGUCUGGGACCUACUUUCUAACUGUGUG